AUUGGCUGAAAAGAGACGUCCGGUUUUGUAAACGCCAAUCAAAUAUGCGUAUCAGUUUGCGGAAGUGCAGCUGAUUGCUAUUGACAAUUUUGUCGUGUUGUGUGGCGUCCCGUCUAUUUAUCUUUAGUAUUUUAUUGUUAUUUACAGUUUUUUUUUACAUUAUCCUUUAUUUCGAAAUGUAUUAGAGCAUUAGUUUAGCAUUAUAUCAUCGGAAGUAAGAUUAAUUCGUAGGGUUAUUGAUAUAAAAGAGUGUAGACGUGUUAUUUUGAAGAUGGACCGAAACAAUAUGAGAUCAAGCUAUGUAAACAGUGGGCCUCGUUCAUUACCACAUAUGAGUGGAAAUAAACGUCACAAUGGAAAUGGCCAUGGUAAUGGCCAUGGCAAUGGACACAAUAACAAUGGACACAAUGGCAACAAUCAUGGAAACGGACACAACGGCAACAGUUACAGUGGCAAUGGACACAACGGAGCCCGCCUUAGUCCACCAAUGCAACCCCCUCAAGUUAAUGCUCACAAUAACAAUAAUAACACCAAUCAACAUGACGAUCUCAUAAAUUAUAUCUAUGAAUCUUGGAAUAAGGUGACAAGGGAAUUAGAACGCGGCAGCGAAGACGCAAAGUAUUAUCAGGAAGUGAUGGCUCCCCGUCAACUAGCCAACUUCAGGCCUUUUAACUUGGAACAGUGGUGGGGCCGUCGUCUCAUGCAGAGCAUAAAUCGCAACAAGCAUCGGUCUUAGUUUCUAAUGUGACUAUGACUUAUAUAUAAUGUUUCAUUACAAUACACUGCCACAUGACCUGUACGUGACUAUGGGAACAUGGUAUAGAUAUUACUUAUAACAUUGCAAUAACCAAGUUUGAGUGGCCUUGAGAUAAACUUUAAAUAAAAUAAUAAACUACCAACAAUAAUUAGACUACCAACAUAAAAAAAAAUGUAUAAAUUGUUUCUUGCUAUGGAUAUUGCAGAUUGUGAGUUGUUAGUCUGUAGAUCAAGCAAAUAAUUUAUUGACUAUUAUUUAGGUCCUGAAAUAGGUAUAAGUACUCUAUAAAUGUAAUGAAACAUUAUGUUUGUCUAAUAAACAGUUUGAAAAUUCUCUAUAUUAGUUUCCCUCCAUUAUGUUAACUUAUAUAUUGAUCAACAUACUAUUUGUUGAAAGGAAGUGUAAACUAGAUAUGCCUUUAGUUAUUGAUAUUAACAUAAAAUAUAUUUUUUUCAUAAGUCAACAGUAAUAGUGCAAAAAUGCUUUGUAAAUGGGCUAUUUAUAAAAUUCGUGGGUGAUCAAUUUCUUAAAAAUACAAUGUGAUAUAAAUUAUUUUAAAACGAAUAUAACAAAGCAAUAAAUUAUAGUUGACAUGAAGUUGGGAAACAGUUUUUAUUCAAAGAUUUAGGAAGUUCACUAGGUAUUGUAAAUAAGUUAGCGUGAUUACUAUUUUUAUUUAAAUCUUAAAGAGUAAUGUAUAAUGUUUUAAUGAUUACUGUAUUAGGAUCAGCUAGAAACUUUAUUGAUCAGUAACUGGAUGAAUUGCUUUUAACUUGACUUGCCUUCAUCAGAGAAUGUGUACAAUCGUCAGAGUCUUUCGUUAAUGGUUACAUUUAACGUCUGUUGUCGGUAAAAUACAAUAAUGUUUGAAAGUUUAUUUACAUUCCAUAUGUUAUUCUGUACUUAGCAUUUGAAAUAUUGUAUAUAGUUUUUAAGUGAUGCAGUGCUGCCUGAUUAUGGAUUUGAAUAAAACAUUUUUGCAAUUUUAUUAGUUUCAUUGUAUAACUGAAGAA